AUGAAAUCCAUCUUACCUGGGGAUAAAGACUCUAGUUCCUUCGAACUUCUUAGGAUGAGUGCAAUUCAAUUCACUUUCUUUCUCAACUGGGCAAUCGACGUUCAAAACAACCUUAACAGAAUACGAUACCAAUAUAGAUACGAUACCAAUAUAGAUACCAAUAUAGAUACCAAUAUAGAUACCAAUAUAGAUACCAAUAUAGAUACCAAUAUAGAUACCAAUAUAGAUACCAAUAUAGAUACCAAUAUAGAUACCAAUAUAGAUACCAAUAUAGAUACCAAUAUAGAUACCAAUAUAGAUACCAAUAUAGAUACCAAUAUAGAUACCAAUAUAGAUACCAAUAUAGAUACCAAUAUAGAUACCAAUAUAGAUACCAAUAUAGAUACCAAUAUAGAUACCAAUAUAGAUACCAAUAUAGAUACCAAUAUAGAUACCAAUAUAGAUACCAAUAUAGAUACCAAUAUAGAUACCAAUAUAGAUACCAAUAUAGAUACCAAUAUAGAUACCAAUAUAGAUACCAAUAUAGAUACCAAUAUAGAUACCAAUAUAGAUACCAAUAUAGAUACCAAUAUAGAUACCAAUAUAGAUACCAAUAUAGAUACCAAUAUAGAACCAAUAUAG